CUUGCUCUCUCCACUGCAACGCGCCUAUCUCGCGCCUUGCAGUUGGACCUGCGAUCAUCUGUUUAAGCUGCACAGUAAAAGGCAUAUAGUCUUUUUGAAUGACACGCAUGCGCCUUCUAGUUUUCUCAUUAAUGGGAAACGAAUAUUUUAUUGUUCUACAUUUACGAGGUUGGGUGUGGAUAUAGAGAAGAAGAUGGACAUUCGCACGUUUAUGCGCAGUACUAGACCGGCCGAUAAUCAUGGAGGGGCAAUUCGAGACGACGAAAAUGAGGACGACCAAGAAGAUGAGCUGGCCAUGCCAAUGGUAACCUCAGAUGUUUUAAACUCAUCUCAACCUAGAAUUAAGAAGCCUCUUUCUUCAGUGAUAAGCAACCCACAGACGCCCGCCAGCGCAAGAAUGAGCCAACAACCCACAGCCCAGUCUUUACAGCCGCCCUCUCACAUGCGCCUUGCGGUGCAUAUCAAGUCGUCUGCAGUCACACCCUUUACUCCUAUCAACGCGCCAUCUACUCAUGAACCGCCUAACCUUCCGUCAGGGCAGGGUCGGGCUCGUGGCCAGGCAUCGGUAGCACAGACAGCCAAAAGGCCACCUCCACCUGACGCUCUUGCUCUCUUGGGAACGGAUCCCGAGGCGCCUAGCUCUCAGCCCAAGAAAAGAGGCCGUCCGAAAGGAUGGAAGCCAGGCACGCCUUACUCGACGGAUCCGAAUUCUAGAUAUCGGAAGAGGGAGAUGAAAGCAGCUGGACUGCUGACGCAUGAGAAGAGCCCGGGGCAAGGCAAAAAUCGAGGUCAAACUCAAGAGGUUAAACGUCGAGGCCGCCCUCCACGUCCUCCAGAGCUCUCAGUCCGAGAACAGUAUCUGCAAUCAAACCCAUCUUACGUUUCGUUUAAGUGCGAGUGGGGUUUGUCAGAAGGCUCUCAACAAGAGCAGCCAUCAUUGUGCCCAGCAGAGCUACAAAACAUGGACACACUACGAAGACACGUGUUCCAUAUCCACGGCGAUAUGGAUCCGCUUGUCUGCCGAUUUUCACAUUGCAAAGACCACAAACCUCCCUUGGAGUUCAAGACUGAGGACGAAUUCGAAUCUCACAUGGAAAAGAAGCAUUUUGCAAGGUAUUUGUGGCACUUUGGUGAAGGCUGCCAAAACAAGGGUAUUUGGACGGUUAAGAACAAAGCCGACAAAUUACCUACGUAUCUAUUCGAUGAGAAUGGCAACCAGGUCACACCUUCGGUCGCCGACCAACGGCUAGAAAGCGAUCUGCAGCACAAGGAGCGCAGGCGCAAACUCCGGAAUUUACUACAGCAACAGAACGAAAAUGCGCCAACGGAGGAAGAAUGGAUGAAUCAAAUGUUGGGCAUACUUGGACAAGGUACCUGAUAUUCUGACGAAGGCCUGAAGUGCAAAUUGCACUAGCCAGAACAACUUCUCUUAUCAAAUUCAAUUAGAGGCAUUUGUACCGAGUACCAUAGGGGCAUUGGCAUGCGAGAUUAGGUAAUCAGAGGCGCAUUCCCGAAUCCCAGCAGCCUUGUAGCAUAGCAUUCUGCAUAAUCAAUGCUCACGGUCACCUGACAGGUACAGCAGAGCAUUGAUGACUACCUAGGUAGGUAUACCCGCCUGAAGGCGCGAGCCGACGCGGAUGACGAAGAAUCAGGAAAUGAAAAUGCAAUUUCGUAUCUGGUUUAAGUUCUGAGCGACCUGCUACUACGGUUGACCCUGCGGGAUAGGACUCAACCGUAUACGAAAUCUUGAGCAUAAGUGAUAUAUCUCUCUGCACCCUUUAUGCUGCCCUGGUAUAUUGAGCACCGCCUCAGACGGCAGAUCUUAAAAACCAUCUCGGGAUAGUGAACGUCGAGCACAUUUUAGGUAGCUGGGUAGUAACCGUAAGACGAAGAGAUUAUCUUAUGAUGUUUACAGUUCAGGAUUUAUACGUCAAUGCACCUGGCAUCUUGGGCUUAGGCAGGCCAGUAGCAUAAAGAUACAGGGUACCCAAGCAGAGCAUACAUGUGUAUUUUCGGACACGAAAGACACGAUUCAAGCGUGCUGACAUUGAACUCGGUACCUACAUGUAGGACAUGGCAGAGACAUGGCUACUUCCAUUCGACUGUGCGUAUACUUACUUACCUG